AUGGCGCCGCCCUCGUGUACGUCCAAGAUGGCGGCCGCGUCGGUCACGGUCAAUAUGGCGGCGUCCGCCGUUACGUCCAACAUGGCGGCGUCCAUGCCCUCACCCAAUAUGGCGGCGCCCUUGUGCGCACCCAAGAUGGCGGCGGCCCCGCCCUGGGCUGUUCCAUUGGGAGCCGGGGGGGGGGUCAAGGGGCGGAGCUUGGGGCAGCUUCCGGCGAUGCUGUUCCGGGUCACGGGGGGGUUACGGGGGAGGCUGUUCCCCCUCCCCCCCCCCGCUCGCUCUUCCGCUGACCUCCCCCCCCCUGACCUCGCCCGCGAGCGCUCCAAGCACGUGACCGCCUUCUACCUGCAGCCGGCCAUUGACAGCGCGGCCGAGAGGCCCUUGGUGCGCCUGACCCCAACCACGAUGCUGUACUCGGGGCGCUCGCAGGAUGGGAGCCACAUCAUGCAGAGCGCCCGGUACCUGCAGCAGGAGCUCCCUGUCCGCAUUGCCCAUAGGAUCAGAGGCUUCCGGAGCCUUCCCUUCAUCAUCGGCUGUAACCCGACUAUACUGCAUGUGCAUGAACUCUACAUUCGAGCCUUCCAGAUGCUGAGUGACUUCCCCCCGAUCCAGUCUCCCAGUGACGAGUGCAGGUUCUGUUCCCUCCUGCGGCAGCUGCUGGAGGAUCACAAGGAUGUGGUCACACUGCUGGCCGAGGGGCUCAGGGAGUGCCGCAGACACAUACAGGAUGAGCACCUCAUCCGCCUGUUCCUGGAUGAGACCCUCACAUCCCGCUUGGGAAUGCGGAUGCUGGCAGCACAUCACCUGGCUCUGCAUGAGGAUAAGCCAGACUUCGUGGGCAUCAUCUGCACUCGCCUCUCACCCAAGAAGCUCAUUGAGAAGUGGGUCGACUUCGCACGGCGCCUGUGCGAGCACCGCUAUGGGAACGCCCCCCGCGUGCGCAUCAAUGGUCACGUGGCCGCAAGGUUCCCAUAUAUCCCCCUGCCCCUGGACUAUGUCCUGCCCGAGCUGCUCAAGAACGCUAUGAGGUGGAGAUGGGGCUGA